CUCUCCGCUUCUACAUUCAUCCAGUCCAGCACAGGGCUCAGUUUUAAAGUGCAGUCGGGACCUCAGUGCGAAGUCUUUGACAAAAGGAACAGUUGGUAUUACAGUCUGGUAGCCAUCCAGGACUCAUAACAUAGCUAAGUUACAUACUAACAACCCUUUGCGUAGGUGUGCUUUCUGUGCAGGUCUGCUUUCCAGGAAGUGGGAGAGAGAAAAAAUUCUAAGAAAAAAAGAAAUAGAGGGAAGAAUUAACAACUAAAAUCUCAGAGUUGGUGCAUGCAUUUUAAUACACCACUGUGCCAAAGCCAGGGCUCAUUUGCGAGUCAUUGAGUUAAAAAUAACUUUAUUGUGGUGGAUCAUGUUUUGCCCCACUGGGCCAGUCGCACGGGCAGCAGAUGAGCCUUGCGGAGAGGCUUGUGUGUGCUGUGAGCAGACAGAGGAUCCCUUCCAGCUCUUGCUCCUUCUCACUAUGCUCUUCUCUGCUACUUCCCUGUACACUCCAUUCCAACAGCUCGUCUCUUUUCUCUGCUCCAGAUGAUGCCUUGGAUAUAGCCGGCCCCCAUGAGUGAUAUGAAUAACACACUGGAAGACGCACACACCUCUGGCAGCCUCGGAGAGAAGGCAGAGAUUUUUGGGAGUGGGAAGGGUAAUGUGAGUGGCUUUUCCAGCCCAUCCCUCAUCCCUUUGCAUGGUCCUUUACAACCACCAAAUGCCCAGCUCUCCAGGAAUGCUGUCUGCCAGGGGAAUAGGAAAAUUGAAGAGGGAGAGGAGUCUCUGCUGGCUGCUCCUGUUCCAAGCCUUUUCCCAGAACUCAUUCCCUCAACCGUCUCAUCCCUCGUCUCCGAUUGUUUAUUACCCUCGACCAAAAGUGGCGCAACUCAGGUAAUCAAAGUGUAUAAUGAGGACAAUACAAGUCGAGCAGUAGAGGUUCCCACUGACAUCACAGCCCGGGACAUAUGCCAGCUGUUUGUCCUGAAGAAUCAUUGCAUUGACGACCACAGCUGGACUCUGUUUGAGCAUCUCACCCAUCUAAGCAUAGAAAGAAUCAUAGAAGACCAUGAAUCUGURAUGGAGGUGCUGUCCGGCUGGGCCAUGGACACAGACAGUCGGUUAUAUUUCCGGAAGAACUAUGCCAAAUAUGAAUUCUUCAAUAAACCGCUGGAUUUUUUCCCAGAUCACAUGGUGUCCAUAUCAAGUGAAACCAACGGGAUGAUGAACCAUUCUCAGCUAAUACAGACUUUUCUCAACUCGAGCACUUGUCCAGAGAUCCAUGGGCACCUCCAUGCCAAAGAACAAGGCAGGAAGUCUUGGAAGAAGUUCUACUUUGUCUUGAGGAGGUCAGGUCUCUACUUCUCCAACAAGGGGACAUCAAAGGAACCAAGACAUCUCCAGUUCAUCGCCGAGUUCAGUGACGGYGACGUCUACACGUUACUAUCAGCGAGAAAGAUACACGGAGCGCCUACGGACUAUGGAUUCUGUGUCAAGUCUACUAAGCGUGGCUCUCCACGGGACCUCAAGCUGUUGUGUGCAGAUGACGAGCAAACCAGAACCUGCUGGGUCACUGCCAUGCGCCUCUUUAAGUAUGGGAUGCAGCUGUACCAAAACUUCAUUCAACCACACCAGAAACAGAAAACACCUAUGAGAAGUAUCUCCGAGAACUCCUUGGUGGCCAUGGACUUCUCAGGACACAAGAGCCGGGUGAUCGAGAACCCAUCGGAGGCGCUGUCCGUAGCCGUGGAGGAGGGGCUCUCAUGGAGGAGGAAAAGCUGCCACCGUCUGAGCUCCCAUGGAAGCCCGUCCACCUCUCAGAGUCCCAUGUCAAACAUAGUUCUCCAUAUGGCCCAGCCCUGGUUCCACAGCAAACUGUCCAGAGACGAGGCACACCGCUUAAUCACUCAACAGGGUUUGAUUGAUGGAGUAUUUCUUCUAAGGGACAGCCAAAGCAACCCUAAUACAUUUGUACUGUCACUGUGUCACACACAGAGAAUCAAACACUUUCAGAUCUUACCGGUGGAUGAAGAGGGGGAAUUGUUCUACAGCUUAGAUGACGGUCACACGCGCUUCACUGAUCUGAUCCAGCUAGUGGAGUUCUACCAGCUCAACCGGGGAGUGUUGCCCUGCAAACUCAAACACCACUGUGCCAGGAUCACCCUCUGAGGGGGAAGGGGUCUCCAAGGGCCCCAUACAUACAGAAGCACCUUUAAUCACAGCCAAUAUCCCUCUGGAGAACCAACCACCCACGCAUCCCUCCUUCCCUCCCAUGCCAUGGAAAGGAGACACCGAGAACACCUCCAGGCAUAAGCAAACUGAAACCACUUAUCACCUUCUAGAAUCCAUUCUCUUGGAGAAAACUGUGGUAAUCAAUCUUUUGUAAUGACUUAUGUUUUUCACAAAAAUAUUAAAUGGGUGUUAUGAUGACAAA